AUGACCGGAGUUUCCAUAUUCGUAAAAGACAAAAAUAGCCCGAAUAAUAGAGCACACCAACAGGCAGGGUUUUGCCGCGUGUCACAAGGGCUUCAAAGCUCAUUGCUGCAGUCACGGCUGCCGGAGACAGAGUUUCGGCCACUUCCGGCGGAGGCGCAUUGUUUCUUGCUUAAAGAGAUCAGUGCGUUUAACACUUCCAAAUUUAAUCUGCUUUCUCUGUUGUUCCAAUCAAGGUUGAGAAUGGCUUCCUCCAGCAGAAAGCCGCAUGAUCAUUGCAAAGGGAGUGCUGACACAGCCCAAGUUGGGAGUGAAAGGCAGGAGCUUGUUCAUGAUGAAGAGGAAACAUGCUUGGACACGAUGAUUGAAGCCGAUGACUUCGACAGGGACAAUGUUGACAAAUGUGUAGGGUUGGCCAACAGCUUUGUAGAGUCUGAAGUACUUCGAGCUGAGGAUGUGCUACAUAUGGAGUUCAACAAUCCGGAGGAAGCUAGUCGCUUCUAUAAGGAGUAUGGGCGAGCUAGGGGUUUCUCUAUAAGGCAGGGAAAGAAGAUAAAAAACAGUAAAGGGGAAUUUGUUCGAUACACCUAUCUCUGCAACAGAGAAGGAUUUAGAGAUAAGAAGUGGUUGGAGAAAAGUGAUCGCAAGAGGGAGCACAAGGUUGUAACCCGUUGCGGCUGUCUUGCCGAGAUGAGGAUUAAGAGGAAAGCUGAGAGUGGGAAAUGGUAUGUGUCACGCUUUGUGGAUGAACAUAACCAUGAGGCUGUUCCAGCAAGGUACCUGUUGGGACCGGAAAGAGUUGAUGUCAAUCAAACUGGUGACAUGACAGCAUUGUACAGAACCAGAUUGUUGAGAAUGGCUUCCUCUAGCAGAAAGCUGCAUGAUCAUUGCAAAAGGAGUGCUGACACAAUCCAAGUUGGGAGUGAAAGGCAGGACCUUGUUGAUGAUGAAGUGGAAACAUCCUUGGACACAGUGAAUGAACCCGAUGACAUCGACGGGGACAAUGUUGACAAGUGUGUAAGGUUGGACGAUGGCUUUAUAGAGUCUGAAGUCCUUCGAGCUGAGGAUGUACUACAUAUGGAGUUCAAUGAUCCUGAGGAAGCUAGUCGCUUCUACAAUGAGUACGGGCGAGCUAAGGGUUUUGCUAUAAGGCAGGGAAAGAAGAUAAAAAACAGUAAAGGGGAAUUUGUUCGGUACACUUAUCUCUGCAACAGAGAAGGAUUUAGAGACAAGAAGUGGUUGGACAAAAGUGAUCGAAAGAGGGACCACAAGGCUGUAACCCGUUGCGGCUGUCUUGCCGAAAUGAGGAUUAAGAGAAAAGCUGGGAGUGGGAAAUGGUAUGUAUCGCGGUUUGUUGACGAACAUAACCAUGAGGCUGUUCCGCCAAGGUACCUGUUGGGACCGGGAAGAGUUGUCAAUCAAACUGGCGACAUGACAGCGUUGUACAGAACCAGAGUGGAUGCAUUUGUGCAUCUGUGUAAGCGUUUAGCAAAGGCAGCUUGCUUGACGGAUGAGGACUACAAGUUGUAUACCGAUAGGAUUUUGAGAGAUACAAUUUUAUUAGAAAUCAAGAACGGGUUGGGUGUUGAGGUCGUGAGAGGAAGUAAUGUCAAUGCUGAGGUAGCAAAGGAUCCAAUCCACGUGGGGACAAAGGGAACAGGCUGUGCCAACGAAGCAUCUGGUUCAAAGGGAACAAAGAAACGCAAGUGCAGCACCUGGGGCCGUCGCGGGCAUCGCAGGACUAGGUUCCCGAAUGGGUCGCCAUCAGCUGCAUUGCCUGGUGAAGAUGCUGUACAAGACCGCACGGGCCACAGGCUUCAAAAUGGAGUGAUGGGCCAGCAAGAAUUUGUGAAGCGGAAAAGGACAGUUGACUUUCUGCCUCCGGUAUCGUUUGCCAAGUUUCUUUGAUGCAGUUGUUGAUAAUUAAGCGUUUUUAUGUUUUGUAUGGUUUAGGAAAGCAACUCUUACCUAUUGAACUACCUACUUGUUCACUAAAGCUAGAUGAUGUUUUUGGAUCGUAAUGUGGAAUGUGUAUUUUGCAGAGUAGUCUGGUUUAGGAACCCCCCAAACUCUUGUUGGUAGACACUGUAAGAUAUGUAGGAACUCGUUAAUUUAACCUAGUAAGUGAGAUGAGCUUUGGUACUUGGAAUUAGUUGUUGUAAUUGCAGGCUAUUUGAAUCUACAGUUAAGACCCAACUUUGAUCCUUUAAUGGCUGGAGACUGGCCAAAGCGGCGUUGUCAAAAUGCUUAUUCAAUGAAGUACAGUGAACAAGACGACGACCAAUUAAUUAAAGAUAAAAUAGGCAUCUUUGUAUGACUAUGACAAAUAUAGUAAGACCUGCGUUGUGGAAGGAAUCUUUUGUAUUGUGGAAUGGGGAUUGUCGAUGCUGUGGCAUGGAACCUAGAUUCAGUUCAAGAUUUUACUCUCAAACUCAGCAGUUGCAAGCCCCCAACCUCUUCCAAGUUGCAUUAAAUGACUAGACAAACACACUCGACCUAGGAGUAAAUUAAAAUCCUUUCUUGCCGAUGGUAAUUAUACCCA